CACACAAAUACACAGUACAGUUGCAACGCCAUACAAAAAAAAUUGAACGGAGAAAUUGGAUAUAUUGAUUUCGAUGCUGAUCUGUCCACAAUAAUGAUAAAUCCAAUUGCAUCCGAAUCGGAGGCCAUCAAUUCGGCCACUUAUGUGGACAAUUACAUAGAUUCUGUGGAGAAUCUGCCGGACGACGUGCAGCGCCAAUUGUCACGUAUCCGGGACAUUGAUGUCCAGUAUCGAGGGCUUAUUCGCGAUGUGGACCACUAUUAUGACCUCUAUUUGUCACUGCAGAACUCUACGGAUAUGAAUCGGCGGUCACGGAGCAUGUCACGUAUGCACCAGAGCCUGAUACAGGCACAGGAGCUUGGCGAUGAAAAAAUGCAGAUUGUAAAUUAUAUGCAGGAGAUUAUUGAUGGCAAGUUGCGGCAGCUGGACACAGAUCAACACAAUCUCGACUUGAAAGAGGAUAGGGAGCGUUUUGGUCAGCUGGAGGAUGGGCCUUCAUCUAAGUUACAGAGGCUACAGAGUCCCAUGAGGGAUCAGGCAAACUCUGGAGUUGCUGGCCUCAAUGGCCAUGGAAGCAAUAACGUCAACUAUGGAGGCAAAGAUUACGGCUUAGUGAGCGGCUAUGGUUCCGCGGGGAGCGGAACAGGACUGGGAGGCGGCAUCUCUGGCAAUGGCGGUGGUUCAACACCGAAUUCAGAGCGUUCCAGCCACGUUAGUAAUGGUGGGGGCAAUGGUUCCAACGGCAAUGGAAGUGCCGGUGGUAGUGAACUUCAGCGGACGGGCAGCAAACGGUCACGGCGGCGAAACGAGAGCCUUGUCAACAAUGGCAGCUCCCUGGAAAUUGGCGGUAACGAAUCCAAUUCAGCCAACGAGGCCGGCGGCAGUGGAAAUGGCGGGAACAGCGAACGCAAGAACUCUCUCUCAGCGGGUAGUAGUAGCCAACGAAAAGGCAAUCUGCAGUCGGUUACCGGCUUGGCAAGUGGGUCAUCUGGCACGGGCAAUGGAGGAGGAAAUGGUGGUGGCGGCGGAGGUGGAGGGGGCGCUGGUGGCAACAAUUCUGGCAAGAAAAAGAAACGAAAGGUUCGCGGCGGUGCUGGCACAAUAAAUACAACAGCUAAUGCCCGCGAGGAGACGCCGCCUCCCGAACCCAUUGAUCCCGAUGAGCCUACAUAUUGUGUCUGCAAUCAGAUAUCCUUCGGCGAAAUGAUUCUGUGCGACAAUGAUUUGUGUCCCAUUGAGUGGUUCCACUUCUCCUGUGUCUCGCUGGUCCUCAAGCCCAAAGGUAAAUGGUUCUGUCCGAACUGCCGAGGCGAGCGUCCAAAUGUGAUGAAACCGAAAGCCCAAUUCCUCAAGGAACUGGAACGAUACAACAAAGAGAAGGAGGAGAAAACCUAAAGAAUAUUGCCCCAUAUAUAAAUGCAAACUCGUCACGGUUUUAAACAAACUUUUUUGAGUGUCAAACACCAGGCAGAUGUAGCGAUUUGUAAAUUAUUUGAUCCUAAGAUUUAACCAUAUUGUAUAAUGUAGUGAUUUCAAGUCCCACCCAUACGUUAUCUUCCACUCCGCAUUAGAUUUAACAACAUCCGCUUUCUCAUCCCUUUUAUUCUAUUUGAGCUUAAGCUUUUUCAUUUAGCGCGGAUUGUAGUCACACCGGUUUUUUUGGCUUCAGUGGCUUCAUAGGUUUUAUCUUUUUUACUUUUAAUUUCAAUUUUCUGUACAAAAUGUAUAACUUUCUUCUUUACACAUAAAUGAUUAUAUAUAUGCAAUUCUUAAUUCUCGUACACUGUAAUUUAAUAUACGAUAAUAAACGUUGAUAUUUUCACUUGUAAAUCUGGCAUUAUCUUUCAAUCGGAUCGAUAAUUGUGAUUCUAGAUUGAAUCUUUUGUUAACAUAAAAUUGUAAAUUAUACACUUGUGUACUGGAAUCAAAAAAUUUUAAGCAACAUUUUAUCUAAGAUUGUAUAUUCUUUAUUAUAGCAUUCCGCUUUCAUUGGAAGCAUUUUUAAAUUAUUGAAUUUAAGUUUUAUUAUUUAACAAUUGUAUCUUUUUAUGUAUAGAAGAAUUAAUCCACGAUAUGAUGUAAUCCAUGAACAUUUUAAAGUAGAUCAAACAGUUUAGCAGUCCCACAUAAAUCAUUAGUUUAGUUUUUUAGUUUCUGUUUAAGAUAAACACUCGAUCAAAAUUGUAUACAUUAAAAUAUGUAUUUUUAUAUAAAGUUUUCGUAUUACAAUGGUUGUGUAUAAAACUUGCAUUUGUAAAAUGUCUAUAAAUUAUUUUUAUAUGGUAUAAAAAAGGCGGCUAUGGAAUGCAUUUUGUAUAUACGUAUCUAAAUUAUUACAAGCAUAAAACUACGUGUGGACGGUGUCAAAGAUUCAAUAUAUUAAAUAUGUUUUUGAUUUUAAAAA